UGUUAUACGACGUAGUUUUAUCCGUCACAAUGAUGCCUUAGGUUUCCAUAAAUUUGACGGAAAAAAAGCUUAGUGAUUGCCCGAAGUGGUCGACCGGCUUGGUGUAAUUUGAUGGAGAAUUCGGAAGAUAUCUGUAACAUCGGGGGAGAUGGAGAUGGAGAUGGCAGAGCGAAUUACAUCAGUGUUUGCGGUGUUCCGUCGACGUCUUCAUCGUUGGCCCUCGGUGAUAAUGCUGCCGAAGUAAUUUUGUGGAGGCAAAGGUGUGCUUUAUUUGGCAUCGUUGUUGUUGCUACUGUUGCAUGGAUGUUGUUUGAACGCUCGGGAUUACCUUUCAUAUCAGCGUGUUGUGAUGUCCUGCUGAUUUUAGUUGUCAUGCUCUUUCUCCGUGCAAAGUUUGCUGCCUUCAGAAAGAAACGACUCCCAACAUUGCCAGAAUUGGUCUUGACAGAAGAAAUGGUCAACAAUGCAGCUGCCUCAUUUCGUGCUAAAAUCAAUUAUGUGUUACUUAUGGCUCACGAUAUCACCCUUGGGAGAGAUUUCAGACUCUUCUUCAAGGCAGUGAUUUUUCUCUGGAUUCUGUCUGUCAUAGGCAGUGUGGUAUCUUUCUUCACAAUUGCGUAUAUAGGAACCAUUAUAUUCAUCAUAGUCCCUGCUUUGUAUAAUAGAUUUGAAGGUCAUUUAGAUGGACACUUUUCUAGGCAAUAUAAAGUAGUGGAUGAGAGCAUUAGAAGAUUACCUCGGAAUUUAACCAAGGACAAAGAUCUUUAAAUGUUGUAGUAGUACAAAUGACAUGAGUUUCAUUUUAUACUUGGAGUUAACAAAUGACAUGUAUUCAUUUUAUACUUUUGAGAUAUCUCUUAGCUUCUUUC